AAACGUUGCUGUGCAGUAGUAAUGGUGGUUAAUACUUUGUGUGGUUUAUAAAGAUACAUUUUGUUUUUAAAGAAUUACAUUAAGACUGAAGAUAUUCGUAUUAUAUUACUGAAAGUUUCGCUUUCGGUUGUUGCCUUUAUUUGCAUUUUAGAUGUGUUAAUUAGCUUGAUAUAUAUUUACGUCAAAACAAACGUGCUUGACAAGUAUAAUUUCAAAUUAUUCGGCAUUUUUUUGAGACAUUGGGUAGUAGUGGGAGAAAAUAGUUAUUUGCCAAUGUAAUGUAAUAAAGAAACGACAAGAGCUGUUAUAAUACGUCCAUGUCGCUUGUUUGUAACGUGGUUGUAUACGAUUUCCAGUUAAAAUGGCUGCGUGAUUGUCAGUAGAAGUGUAAUGUAGUAAAAGUCUGUAAAUACACAUUCUACUUCGUAAAUUGUGUUCAGGUUCAUUCCUAAUUCGUGUAGACAACGAUAAUAAACAAUUUUCGGGUACAAUUAAUUGUUUUCUGUGAUUUGUGAGAACUUGUGGCGUUUUAUACACUCAGACGUCUUGGAAAUAGCAAGGCAUUGUCAGCAGAUACAUAGUUUUAAGGCUAACUCCUUGGUUUGGUUUCGAUUCCAACCGGCUAAUUUUUAACACAGUGUUUAUAUAUAUUUGUUUUAACAAGGACAUGCAAAUUCGCGUUUUCCAAUCUAGUUCUCGUAGUCUGUAGUGAGAAUAAAGAGUGCAACCAUUAUUUUUUCGUGUGAUUACAUUCAGUUAUGCGUAAAACCGUCGAUGUAGACGGCGGAAGUGCGUCGUGCGUUGCAGGACAACGCGAACGAAAGCGAGGAUUUUCGCGUUUUUCCUUGCGACGACUUCUCUAUGCCAGCCCGAUUGUCGGAAGAAGAUUGAGUUCCAGUAGAUCUCAUCCAACAGAGAGUUCGAAAAGCCACAAAAAUCAAGGUCAUGGAAAAGAUGUUGCGGAUAACAAGAAUGGUAGCUCAUCGAAAGACUGUGAAAAAGGCCUAUCACAUUACGUCGAACUUCAUCAAGCCAACAGCAAAACUUCUGUGUUCACAUCUAGCACAAAGAGUGGAGAGGGUUACCACAUCUUGGAAUGCCCACUAUGUCUGGUAGAACAGUCCUUGGACGAAUUCUGCGAGCUCAUGGGUUGUGGGCAUCGCUCCUGUUUGUCCUGUUUACAGCAAUAUUUGAGAAUUGAGAUUUCUGAGUCUAGAGUUUCUAUUUCGUGUCCAGAAUGUUCAGAACCUAUUCAUCCCAAUGAGAUUCGUAGCAUAUUGGAUGAUCAACAUGUAUACGAAAAGUACGAAGAUUUUAUGGUACGAAGGGUUUUGGCAGUGGACCCCGAUACUCGAUGGUGUCCCGCUCCAGAUUGUCGGUUUGCAGUGAUAGCAAGUGAAUGUGCAAGUUGUCCAAAAAUCAAGUGCGAAAGGCCUGGAUGUAAUUCUUAUUUUUGUUAUCACUGUAAAGCUGAGUGGCAUCCCAAUCAGACGUGUGAUGCAGCAAGGGCUCAAAGGUCACCGAACAUUCGUUCAUCUUCCGUUAGCUUUAGUCAGGACUCCCAACAUCGGGAUGACAUAAAACCAUGUCCUCGUUGCCAAGUGCUUAUUGUCAAGUUGGACGAUGGAUCAUGCAAUCAUAUGAUGUGUUCUGUUUGUGGAGCAGAGUUUUGUUGGCUGUGCAUGAAAGAAAUAAGCGAUUUGCAUUAUUUAAGCCCUUCGGGUUGUACAUUUUGGGGAAAGAAGCCCUGGUCUCGAAAGAAAAAGAUCUUGUGGCAGCUUGGAACACUCGUAGGGGCUCCUGUGGGAAUUGCCCUUAUUGCUGGGAUUGCAGUGCCUGCAAUGAUCAUUGGAAUACCUGUUUGGGUUGGUCGUAAACUUUACACGAGGUACAAGACUGCAAACAAACACAAACGGAAUGCAGCUAUAAUUGGAGGCCUCAUCGCUUCGGUUUUGAUAUCGCCUAUCCUUGCUGGCCUAGCUGUAGGGAUCGGUGUCCCGAUCCUCCUGUUCUAUGUAUACGGCGUCGUUCCCGUGUCCCUUUGCCGUUCAGGUGGUUGUGGAGUGACCACUUCGGCGACCGGCGUUCGUUUCGAAUUCGACGACGAAAACGACGUCGCCUCUUCACGUAACAAUCCCGACAAUACCUCCAUGGACGCGGUUAGUGGACGCGUGGGUGGCGUCACGACGGCGUCUAUCGGCGAGGCGAGUCUCUCGAUGGCCAGCGGCAGUCAGGUCCUGCGUGAGGCAGACAGAGAGUCCGCAAGUACUGUAGCUCUUGCCGGAAGUGUCGGAACCGGUUCCGGUAUCGGCCAGAGAAUGGAGGUUCAGGCAGACAUGGUUUCUGCCCAAAGAUACAGCAUCAGCAGCUUAUCAGACAAGUCGGUCAGCGCCAGUAUUGCGGCGGACGAUGGAGCCGCAUCAACCCGCGCCCUUGCCGGAUCCAUGCUCAAUUACAAGACUGCAGGAAGUGAUUCGUGCAGUUGCGUUACAAACGGGGAGGAUUGCGUAUCUGAGAGGGUCCGUUUUGACGAUAAUGUGAGCUUCAUAGCGCCUCAUUUGUACGAAUCUAUGUACGCUGAAAAAGCUAGUAUAGAUAGUAGUUGCAGCUCUCGCGGUCGCUCGAAUUUCAGGUCAUGCCACAGUCGGAAUGAUCGUAGCUACGAUACUAUCAGCAACGAUAGCAUUUACGUGGACAUAACUUUGCCUAUAAGUGAGGCUGAGAAGCCCCGUAAAUCGUCCUCAACGACUAAUACUACGGCUACGCUAAAAAAUAUCUUCUUCCAUUCCACACUCAACGAAAAUAAGCCUAAAAGCCUAGACGACGACGUCAUAAUAGAGGUCUCUAACGAGACGUUAGAUAAGCAGUCUCUACCCUGUAUAUCCGAGUCUAAUAUCGGUGGAUCGUCCAUCACCAAUGCAAAAGAUUUAUCCGCCAAAUCUCUCUCUUCAUUAGAAACUAAAAGGGUUUCGCAAUUGUAAACUACUCCUUUUUUUUUUUUUGAAAGCUCGUAUAGUUCGAUUUUUAUAACGUUUCCAGUUUUUUGAUUAUUAGAUUUAUUAAAGGGUAGAGACUUUGAAAAUAAUUACAGAUUACAACAGCUGUGUGCACUGCGUCUUAUAACAAACUGGAAAAAUAUAAAAAAUCGAUAAAUUAAUUAUAAUGCGAUGUGUUUGAUACUAUAAUUAAAUAUUGCUAAACUACUAGUGGUCUCCGCUUGAACUAUGAAACGUUCAAUAUAUAUAAUUUUUUUCUAAAUCUAUUAUUUCCCGUUCAUCGUGAAUCUUAAAAAGUGUAUUAUAACUGGCUUGAAAUACAAUAGAUAGAAGUACAAUCGCUUGCCUUUUCCCAAAACUGAAAUUAGUUUCCUAUUCAACAAUAACAUAACAACAACUUCAAUUAUCGUUUUGUGUUGCAGAUAUGGUUUCGUUUUUAUAAUAUUCAAUUUUUAAUAUUAAUUUUCCGUUCUGUAUGUGGCUUAUUUUGUUUGGAUUCCAUGUUCUAAAAGUUUUUCAAAAAUCCGUCUGCAACACAGUGUAUCAUUUGUAAUAAAAUUAAAGUGGAGAAAAUCAUUUUAUUUUCUCUUUUAAGAAUAAUUUUCCACCCAUCGAUUUUCCCCCUAUAAAACUGUCUACUUAGUUGAAACAAGUCAAAGUUGCUUCUCCCCGGGUAAUAUAUUCAUCGGCCGUUUGGUUAUUUAUUAUUAAAGACUGACGUGUAAUACCCCAUAUUGUUGUUAGUUUUUGUUAGUCUUUUGUAACAGGUCGUUCGUUGCUAUUAAAAUAACUGAUAUCACUAGUGUAUAACUUGUACAGUUAUGUAUUAUUAUUGACGUUAACAAUAAUAUAUGUAAUGUACUUUUGUUUAGCAUAAGGUUUUGUAAAAAUAUACUGUAUAUUUUUUAUUAAAUAUAGCGUUUGUUAGUCUACACAAGAAAA